CAGCUAUUGGUGGUGGUGUAAGGUUUGGUGUAGUAGUAAAGUCUCAAUCAAAGAGAGGAAAGGUAGGUAUCUGAAAUUGGGAGACUCUUAUUAGAAACGAUAUGAUGAUUUGUUACUCUCCAAUUACAACAUGUUCUAGGAAUGCUAUCAAUAUCAAGAGGCAUUUAAGCACUCACCUCUACGGCGUUGUGACUCAAGGAUCAUAUAAAUUCUCCUGUCACAGUCUUUUGUCAGGACUUUCGAGAAGACAUUAUACCGGUUUUCGUGUAUCAGUCUCUAAUAGACACUCUAGUUGGCACGAUAAAAGGCUAUUGAUCAAUCAAUCGACCGUUGGUCCUAAGGAAAAGCUUGAAGUUUCUUUCUUGUCCCCUGAUGCUAAAAUGAAAUGCUCCAAGAUAGAAUCCAACAUGAGAAAUCUCUAUUGGUAUUCAAGAUUUGCUUAUACAGGUGUGAUUGUUAGCUUGCUUGUUUGUUAUUCUUCGACUUCCCAAUCAGCUUACGCAGAUGCUUCAAGGGAUAAAGAUGCUAACAACGUGCAUAAUCAUUCGUCUGAUGGUAAAUUCCACAAUGGGAAAAGGGUCUACACUGAUUACUCUAUCAUUGGUAUUCCGGGGGAUGGUAGAUGCUUGUUUCGUUCUGUAGCUCACGGAUUUUGCUUACGCUCUGGAAAACUGGCUCCAGGCGAGAAGAUGCAGAGAGAACUCGCUGAUGAAUUACGUACCAGGGUUGCUGAUGAGUUUAUCAAAAGAAGACAGGAAACAGAAUGGUUUGUGGAAGGAGAUUUCGAUUCAUACGUCAGACAAAUUCGGGAGCCACACGUGUGGGGAGGUGAACCUGAACUCUUCAUGGCUUCACACGUUCUCCAGAUGCCAAUCACAGUGUAUAUGAAGGACGAGAAAGCUGGAGGAUUGAUAUCUAUUGCGGAAUAUGGUCAAGAAUAUGGUAAAGACGACCCAAUCCGAGUCCUAUACCAUGGUUUUGGUCAUUACGAUGCCCUCUUGAUUCACGAAAGUAAAGCUUCGAUUCCAAAAUCUAAACUUUAGUAAAUUUAGUUUUGCAUCUUUGACUUUUUGUCAGGUGAUGAUGAUGUUUUUGUCUCUGACACAACCACAAUCUAUAUGCCUUGUAGAAUGUAACCUUUUUAAACCUUUUAAUUUGAAUAAAACUUCAGUUUCAAA